AUGUCGCCGAAUUUUUGCAGACAUUACGUGGAGGAUUUGGACAUUCCUGACAUAACGCUGACUCCGUACGUGUGUCCUGAUCCUUAUGACUCCCUGUCCCCAAGGAGUGACAGUAUCCUCACGGACAGCAUCAGAGCGUUUGACAGACGUACUUUAAGCACAGCUUCCAGUAUCCCGCUGUCGAGAGCUAUGACGGACUCUGAAAUUGAUUACGGAUUUUAUAAAAGGUACAGAGACUACCACUACGCAGACACCUGGGAGCACCUGCGUCGUGCUGUGGACGCCUUUCCGCCAUAUUACCUGUCUUCUUUAAACAGUUUCAUCUCACUGGACUCUGAUGAGGAUUUACUCCUGAACAAUGAAUUGGCGUACGCUACAGAGCUGGCGGAGAGCCGGCGGCUGUACAACGAGGCGUGGUGGCGUCGCAUGAAGACACAGUUUGACGACUGCUACCCGUUCGCGCCCGACGACCCCGGCCUGUACGAGCUGCAGGAAGCUGUACAUCGCCUAGAUAUGAAGGCCCUGGAAGCGGACCUGGCCAGGAUUAAGCGUCGUCCAUGA